UCCACCACCGGAUCUCUCUCUCUCUCUCUCUCUCUCUGAGAUAAAUCUACCCUUGACAGCAAACCCUAUUGGGGCUUAGCGCUGUCGGAGCUACUUCAUUGCCCAAUCCUCACUUACAGUCUCGGCUACAAACCCCUCUGUUUUUCCUUCUCUCCAAUCAAAAUUACUUCCUUUUCUUAAUUUUCUUUCAAUUUCAAACCCUUGUGGAUUGAAAAUUCUUCUCUGUUGGUGGAGCCUAUGGCAACAGAGGAAGAUGGAAAGGGGCACAGGAAAAUUGAAUGGGAUGAUAAGGAGGCUUGUGGGCACUACAUGGUUCGUUUUUGUCCUCAUGAUCUUUUCGCCGGUACCCGAAGCGAUCUAGGACCAUGCUAUAGGAUACAUGACCCGAAGCUGAAAGAAAGUUUUGAGAAGUCCCCAAGACAUGACGAAUACGUGCCCAAGUUUGAAGCUGAACUUGCACAGUUUUGUGAGAUAUUGGUGAUGGAUUUAGAUAGAAGAGUAAGGCGUGAACGAGAACGACGUUCUCUGGAGGGGGAACCUACAUCACCAACUCCCUUGCCAACUAACAAGUCAGAACAGUUAUUUGUCCUGGAGGAAAAGUUAAAGAACUUGCUUAAGCAAGUGGAUGCCCUUGGUGAAAUUGGGAAGGUGGAUGAAGCUGAAGCACUCAAGAGAAAGAAUCCUGAAGUCAGUGAAGACCAGGAUGGUUCUACUCCCCCUGCUGUUACCAUCCAAUCAAACUGGUACAGUAUUUUACGCCAGCACAUCUCAGUCUAUGGAAUAGCUGCUGGUUACUGCUUAUCUGCGUCAUUGCUUUCCAUCAUCAACAAAUGGGCUGUGGUAAAAUUUCCUUAUCCUGGGGCACUGACUGCUUUACAGUAUUUUACAAGUGCUGUUGGGGUCCUCCUCUGUGGCUGGUUUAAGUUCAUAGAGUAUGACUCGCUUGACCUCCUUACUAUGUGGCGGUUCCUACCAGCCGCAAUUAUAUUCUACCUCUCUCUCUUCACCAACAGCGAGCUCCUUCUGCAUGCUAAUGUUGACACUUUCAUUGUGUUUCGAUCAGUCGUUCCCAUCUUUGUUGCAAUUGGAGAGACUCUCUUCUUGCACCAGCCAUGGCCAUCAAUGAGGACAUGGAUCUCACUCGGGACUAUUUUUGGAGGAAGUGUGAUUUAUGUGCUAACAGAUUACCAGUUCACUGUCACGGCUUAUAGUUGGGCUCUAGCUUACUUGAUAAGCAUGUCCAUUGAUUUUGUAUACAUAAAGCAUGUGGUAAUGACCAUUGGUUUAAAUACAUGGGGUCUUGUAUUGUACAACAAUCUUGAAGCUCUUCUACUGUUCCCAUUGGAACUACUUGUAAUGGGUGAAUUGAAGAAGAUUAAGCAUGAAAUCACAGAUGAAUCAGAUUGGUACUCGUUUGGGGUGAUUUUGCCAGUGGUGUUAUCGUGUUUAUUUGGUUUAUCCAUCUCUUUCUUUGGGUUUUCUUGCCGGAGGGCUAUUUCUGCAACUGGAUUUACUGUUCUGGGUAUUGUGAAUAAGCUAUUAACAGUUGUGAUUAAUCUGGUUAUUUGGGAGAAGCAUUCGACACUUGUUGGUACUGUGGGGUUAUUGAUAUGUAUGGCAGGUGGUGUUAUGUAUCAGCAAUCUACAAGCAACAAGCCCAAAGUUGUGAAUGAAGUAAAGGCACAACAGACUGACGAAGAACGACAAAAGUUAAUUGAAAUGAACAGCAGCUCAGAAAGAAACAACAAAGACACAUGGGCUACGGGAAAUGAACAAGGAAAUGAGAAGUCUCCUUCAAGGUAAUAUUGUCUUGUUCGGUUGCUUCAGCAUUCUAUUUUCUGCAGAGCUGCAUUCUUCAUUGCUAAGUCUCCAUUGGCAACUUCUCGUCGAGAUGACUUUAAGAUGGUUUUUGUUUCACAGAAUAUCCUUGUUUGACAUUUGGGUUGAGAUGAGUAUUGGAUAUGACUUGGAAAACCCUGAUAGACAAAAUAUUGUAUUGAUUUGUUUUGUAAACCUAGAUUGAUUCGGUAGUCCAUAGCGAAAAAGAUGAAAUACCAUUUGUAAACAUAGAUCGAUCGAAUAGUUCCAAUAGCAAUGCCUUAUUUGUUGAUAUGGAGACGUGCUCUUAUAUCAGAAUUUUCUUCAUAUAUAUCCUGAAGGCUUGGUGCCAUGACAAUGUAAUUGUUGAAUUUACGCAAUGCGUAUCUAGGAGGUAAAAUUUGCAUGUUUGAUGUUUCA